ACAGUAGUUGGAAAAUUAACCACUGACGAAAAAUAUGAUAAGCCUUAGGUUUCAACCAAGCACCACCGCCGGUGUUUUAUCGGCGUCGGUGAGCCGUGCCGGUUUUAUCAAGCGGUGCGGUUCGACUAAACCGGGAAAGGUUUGCCGGUUUGUAAUAAUGGCGACGGCGGCGACUCCUCUCGAAAUCUGCGUCAAAGCUUCUAUCACCACACCCAACAAGCUCGGAGACUGCCCUUUUUGCCAAAGGGUGUUGCUGACAUUGGAGGAGAAGCAUGUUCCUUAUGACAUGAAAAUGGUGGAUUUGAGUAACAAGCCAGAAUGGUUCUUGGAAAUUAGUCCAGAAGGUAAAGUCCCAGUCGUGAAGUUUGAUGAGAAAUGGGUUCCGGAUUCAGAUGUUAUAACACAGGCUUUAGAAGAAAAGUAUCCUGAGCCUCCUCUUGCUACCCCACCUGAAAAGGCUUCAGUUGGGUCGAAGAUCUUUUCCACAUUUAUCGGUUUUCUCAAGAGCAAAGAUCCAGGAGAUGGAACUGAGCAAGUUUUGUUGGAUGAGCUUAGUACAUUCAACGAUUAUAUCAAGGAAAAUGGCCCAUUCAUAAAUGGAGAGAAGAUUUCAGCAGCAGAUUUGUCCUUGGCACCAAAGUUAUACCACAUGAAGAUUGCAUUGGGACAUUACAAGAACUGGUCUGUUCCAGAUUCGCUUCCGUUCGUCAAAUCCUACAUGGAGAAUGUUUUUUCGAGGGAAUCAUUCACGAACACACGGGCGGAAACAGAGGAUGUAAUUGCCGAUUUUCUCGGGAAUCUGUCGGGCGUUUCUUCAGAAUCUGCCAUGAUUCUCCAAACGGCUUUCUCUCUACCCACACCUACUGCUACUACUACUCUUUUAUCUCGCAGCUGUCCUCACCAGCUCAACACUCUGUUCUUCACUCACCGACGCCGUCGAUUAAUUUCCCCAUCCCGCUUUAAUUCAAGUUUUGCGCAACGUAGAUUCUCUUCCUCUGUUGCUGCGUCAGGAAAUAAUGUCUUUACUUCUCCUGAGACAUCCAAGACCUUUGAUUUUUCCUCUGAGGAGAAAAUAUACAAAUGGUGGGAGUCGCAAGGCUACUUCAAACCAAAUUUUGACCAAGGAGGCAGUCCUUUUGUGAUACCAAUGCCACCUCCUAAUGUUACUGGUUCUCUUCACAUGGGCCAUGCAAUGUUUGUCACUCUUGAGGAUAUUAUGGUUCGGUACAAUAGGAUGAAAGGGAGACCAACACUUUGGCUUCCCGGGACUGAUCAUGCUGGUAUUGCCACUCAGUUGGUCGUGGAAAAGAUGCUAGCGUCAGAAGGCAUUAAGAGAGUGGAUUUAGGUAGAGAUGAGUUUACCAAAAGAGUCUGGGAAUGGAAGGAGAAGUAUGGCGGAACCAUCACAAAUCAGAUUAAAAGACUGGGUGCUUCUUGUGAUUGGAGUCGAGAGCGCUUUACUCUUGAUGAGCAAUUGAGUCGAGCUGUGGUCGAGGCUUUUGUAAAACUUCAUGACAAGGGGUUGAUAUAUCAAGGAUCUUACAUGGUCAACUGGUCCCCUAAUUUACAGACUGCUGUUUCAGACUUGGAAGUAGAAUAUUCAGAGGAACCUGGGUUUCUAUACCAUAUUAAAUACCGUGUAGCUGGAAGUCCUGAUUUUCUUACUAUAGCAACGACUCGUCCAGAGACAUUGUUUGGUGACGUGGCCCUUGCCGUGCAUCCUGAGGAUGAUCGUUAUUCAAAAUAUGUUGGUCAGACAGCAAUUGUACCUAUGACAUAUGGUCGUCAUGUCCCAAUUAUUGCUGAUAAGUAUGUUGAUAAGGAUUUUGGGACUGGUGUUCUGAAGAUAAGUCCUGGGCAUGAUCACAACGAUUACCUUCUUGCAAGAAAGCUAGGUCUCCCCAUAUUGAAUGUGAUGAACAAGGAUGCAACACUAAAUGACGUUGCUGGCUUGUUUUGUGGCCUUGACCGGUUUGAGGUGAGGGAGAGACUAUGGGCAGAUCUCGAGGAGACGGGUUUAGCUGUUAAGAAGGAGCCUCAUACUUUACGAGUUCCAAGAUCUCAGCGUGGUGGAGAAGUUAUUGAGCCACUUGUAAGCAAACAAUGGUUUGUCCACAUGGAUCCUUUAGCUGAGAAGGCUCUUCUUGCUGUUGAAAACAAAAAACUUACCAUCAUACCUGAAAGAUUUGAGAAGAUAUACAAUCACUGGCUGACAAAUAUUAAGGAUUGGUGCAUAAGCCGGCAGCUGUGGUGGGGGCAUCGCAUACCAGUUUGGUAUGUGGUUGGAAAGGAUUGCGAGGAGGAUUACAUAGUUGCUAAAAAUGCGGAAGAAGCCCUUGAGAAAGCCCAUGAGAAGUACGGAAAAGACGUUGAAAUAUAUCAGGAUCCAGAUGUUCUUGACACCUGGUUUUCCAGCUCGCUGUGGCCAUUCAGCACUCUUGGCUGGCCUGAUGUAUCAGCGAAGGAUUUCAAUAACUUCUACCCUACAAAUAUGUUAGAAACAGGGCAUGACAUAUUAUUUUUCUGGGUAGCAAGAAUGGUUAUGAUGGGAAUAGAAUUUACAGGGACCGUUCCAUUUUCUCAUGUCUACCUUCACGGACUUAUAAGGGACUCUCAAGGGAGAAAAAUGUCAAAAUCUCUUGGGAAUGUGAUUGAUCCGCUUGACACAAUCAAAGAUUUUGGCACUGAUGCUCUGAGAUUUACGAUUGCACUAGGAACUGCUGGUCAGGAUCUGAACUUAUCUACUGAGAGGUUAACUGCAAAUAAAGCAUUCACCAACAAACUAUGGAAUGCUGGAAAGUUUGUGUUGCAUAGUCUGCCUAGUCUAAGUGAUACAUCUGCUUGGGAGAAUUUGCUGGCCCUCAAGUUGGAAAAAGAGGAAACCCUGCUUAGUUUACCCUUGCCUGAGUGUUGGGUGGUGUCAAAACUCCAUAUUCUCAUUGAUUCCGUCACAGCAAGCUAUGAGAAGUUGUUCUUUGGUGAUGUAGGAAGAGAAACAUAUGAUUUCUUUUGGAGUGACUUUGCUGAUUGGUAUAUUGAAGCCAGCAAAUCUCGACUGUAUGGAUCUGGAGGCAAUUCAGUUUCUCUAGCUUCUCAGGCAGUUUUGUUAUAUGUCUUUGAGAAUAUACUAAAGCUGUUGCAUCCAUUUAUGCCGUUUGUAACUGAGGAUCUAUGGCAGGCACUUCCCUACAGGAAGCAAGCGCUUAUUGUGUCUCCAUGGCCACAAAAUUCACUUCCAAGGAAUGUUGAAUCAAUAAAAAGAUUUGAGAAUUUACAAGCGCUGACUAGAGCAAUUCGAAAUGCACGAGCAGAGUAUUCAGUGGAGCCGGUAAAGCGUAUAUCUGCCUCAGUUGUUGGAAGUGCAGAGGUCAUUGAAUAUAUUUCGAAAGAGAAGGAGGUAUUAGCUCUUCUAUCCAGGCUUGACUUAAACAACGUCCAUUUUACCAAUGCCCCUCCUGGUGAUGCAAAUCUCUCAGUCCAUAUUGUUGCCAGUGAAGGACUAGAGGCAUAUCUACCUCUUGCAGCUAUGGUUGAUAUAUCUUCUGAAGUCCAACGCAUUUCCAAACGUCUCUCCAAGAUGCAAACUGAAUAUGAUGCCCUCGUAACUCGUCUCAGUUCACCAAAGUUUGUGGAGAAAGCUCCAGAAGAAGUGGUGAGAGGUGUAAAGGAGCAAGUAGAAGAAUUAGAAGAGAAGAUAAAGCUGACCAAAGCUAGGCUUGGUUUUCUCAAGUCUACUACUUCUUUAGUGUCUCAUUUCAGCGAAGGAAGCAGAGGAGCCAAAUCAAUGGCGGCCAACAAUUUCGCGACGAAGCUAAGCAGAAACACCAAUAGAAUUACAGUAAUCUUGGUCUACGCAUUUCUUGAAUGGCUUCUCAUGUUCUUUAUCUUCCUCAAUUCCUUUUUCACUUACUUUAUCGUCAAAUUCGCCUCUUUCUUCGGUCUUAAGCAAGUAUGUCUUCUCUGUCCGAAGCUAGAUCGAAUCUUCGAGCGAAACCCAGAAACUAGAUUCACUUACAGAGAGCUUUUAUGUCAAAAUCACAUCGCGGAGCUCGCAAGUCUGAGUUUUUGCACAACUCAUGGGAAAUUAUCCGAAUCGGCGAACUUGUGCUCUGAUUGCUCUAACCGCGAAGAAGAACAGAGCAACAUUGGUUUAGGGUUUUGCACAUGUUGUCAAAAGAGCUUAGCGGAUAAACCCUACCCUAAUUACUUGCUUAUCAAGUCAUCAAUUUGGGGGAAAACUUUGGGUGAUAAAGAAAAUGGAGGAUUGAUCUUAGAGAUGAUCGAUGAUGAUAAAUUUGGAGAUGGGUUUGAGAUAGAGAGAGAAUCUUAUCCCUUAGGAUUCUUCAGAGGUAAAGCAGAAGAAGGAAAGAGACAAGAGCAGCAGCAAAAUGGUGAAGUGAUUUCAGAUGUUGAGAGCUAUGGUUUAAGCUUGAGAGAAGUGUCUGAGGAGGAUGGGUUAAGAUCUAUCAUCAGCAAUAAUUCUCCUGGGAACGAAGAAGGAACCCCAGAAGCUAAAUCAAGAGUAUCAGAGGAUGAACAAAGGGAUGAUGAUACUAGCAAUGUUGCCACAUAUGGGGAAGAUCAAAUUUCAGUGCAUGUGGAAGAAAAAGGAGAAGGAACAGGAGGAGAAGAUUUGUUGGAUGACCAGUUUGAGAGCAAGAAUUUCAUUUGUAGCCAAAAUGAAGAAGAAGAAGACGAUAUAGAAGAAAAGACCAAGGAGCUUGAUCCAGAAACUCCAACUUCAGUCAGUACUUUAUUUAACAAGAAACUUCAUUUUCUUGCUAGAAAUGAGUAUGCAGCUUCUGAAGAUGCAGGAGAUGGGAGUGUAUUAGUGAGUGAGAUGGACGGUGGAGAUCCUUUAAGGACUAUUGAAAGGCUGAGAGAGACUGUGAGAGCAGAACAAGAAGCUUUGAGAGAUUUAUAUGCAGAGCUGGAAGAAGAAAGAAGUGCGUCUGCAAUAUCUGCUAACCAGACAAUGGCGAUGAUCACGAGGCUACAAGAAGAGAAAGCGAAAGUACAGAUGGAAGCGUUGCAGUAUCAGAGAAUGAUGGAGGAACAAGCCGAGUAUGAUCAAGAAGCCUUGCAGCUGUUGAAUCAUUUGAUGGUGAAACGAGAGAAAGAGAAGGAACAACUCCAGAGAGAACUUGAGGUUUAUCGGGCCAAGGUUUUAGAGUAUGAAUCGAAAGCUAAGAACAAAAUCACAAUUGCAGAAAGCAAUGGUGAGGCUGCUGAUGAUAAUAAUGAUACUGAUGAUGAUGAUACUAAAGAGGAGGAGAAUAGAGAAGAUGAUAAUUCUUCUGAGAUGGAUGUGGAUUUGGAGAAGAUAACAUUGGAUUGCGUACAACAUAUGAGCAUGCUUGGUGAAUCUUUAUCAGAGUUUGAGGAAGAGAGGUUAGUGAUUUUGGAUCAGCUUAAGGUGUUAGAGGAUAGGCUAGUAACAAUGCAGGACAAUGAAUCUGCUGAGGACCCUGGAGAAUUCAGCAAUAGUUAUGAAGAAGAGAGUAAUGGACAUGAAGGGCUAACAAUGGCAUCAAUGGCAAAGAGUCUGCUACCUCUUCUAGACGCAGCAGAGAACGAAUCAGAAGACGGGUCUCAAGAACCACCGGAAUCCGAUGAAAAGAACUUUGGUUCAGACAGUGAGAAACUGGAGAUCAUCAGACAAGUUGAUAGUGUAUAUGAGAGGUUACAGGUGCUGGAAACAGAUGGAGAGUUUCUGAAAAACUGUAUGAGUUCAGCGAAGAAAGGUGACAAAGGAACAGAUAUUCUUAAAGAUAUACUGCAACAUCUCCGCGAUCUCAGAACAAUUGAACUCACUGACACAAUCGAAAACCAGACGACACAGGAAGAGUGAUGUUUAUUCACAAGAAUUAUAUAUGACCUCUCUCUCACCGUUGUUCAGACAGAUUUCAACAACCGGAAUCAAUGUCUUUGCCCUGCUUCAUGGAGGAUCUGAGAAUUACAGAAAUUCUUAGAUGUCUCUUGUUUGUGUUUUCUGUUUUUGUUUGGUGUAACAAAAGGUUUCACACACACAAGUCAUUGGAGACUUGAGCCUGUCAUGUAAAUUAUCUGUGUUUUUUGUAGUUCAUGAAAAUUUUCAGUUGGAAAAUAAUUAUAUUUUUAAAAGUAAAUGAAAUGUUCAUAA